GAGUACGCCGAGCUCGCCCAGUUUGUGGGGGCCGUAGAAACGCUGUCCAUGGUGAUGCUUGUGGGUGCUUCUGUUGCGAGCUUGACAAGCAAGCAAGCAUUCUCGAGCUCUCUCUCUCUUGUUGUGUCUGCUGGUGCCUCGGAGAGAGAGAGAGUGUGUGUGAUGUUUGCCAACGGUAGAGUGAAGCGAUGGAGGUUGAGUGCGCAGUGUGCUUGCAAGUGUACGAUGAAGGAGAGCACACACCCAGGGUUCUGUCAUGCGGGCACUCUGUCUGCCAGAGCUGCGUAGCGGAGUUGCAAUUGCAUUGGGGAGCUGGGUCGGGGGAAGCACAAGCCCAGAGAACACAGGGUGGGGGUGGAUUGGUUCGGUGUCCCGAGUGCAAGCAACACACCAAGGUGCCGUUAGGAGGACGCCUCGCGCUUCCGAAGAACAUUGAGCUCAUGCGGUUGAUUCAAGCUGUCCCUCCACCUCGAAUUGCGAGAAAUUCUGGGGAAUCGAUUCCGAGGGUAGUGAAGGAGGAGGGUCCUACCGGCGUUCAUCAGCAGGGAGAUGAGGAUUCUGAAUUCCCACAACCUCUCUUCGAGUGUUUCUACGGGGAGCCUGCAAUUUGGAUACUUCCACAAGCGGCUGUUAAGAGGAGGAAGUCCAUGGUUUAUGGGUUUUGUGUUGGAGUUUUUUCGUGUGACAAGAAGCUGCAAUCGAAUUCGCAGGAGGUGAGAUUGCAAUUUCUGUCGAGGAUCGAUCCAAAUGAGAAAGAGGGGAGCAGAGGAUUGAAAUAUACGGAGCUUGUUCGCUCGGCUUGGAAUAAGUUGCAUCAUGAGGUUCGAACUAAAUUGAUGCAUUUACUUGCUCUUGGAUGGCGUUGCAACUACUUCGCCGAGAUAGCUGGGUUGUGGAUGUCCGUAGAAGGUUCAUUAUUCCUCGCUUCUAAAGUUUAUGUCGAAGGAAUUAGGCAGGCUAGGAAUCUGCUCUUUCCUGCUACUGAGAAUAGUAGUUCUGAUCAUUGCUCAGCGGAGGGAGAGAACACUUCAUAUGAUAACCCUGAAGAGAACAAUAUUGGCAGGAGCUCUCUGAGAACAUUGAUUAGGUUAGGGGUAGAACUUUGUGAAAUACUGAUGGAGAUACAUGCUGCUGGGCUUGUUGUGGGUAUACUUGGACCAGAUUCGUUCGUGUUGGAUAAAUAUGGUCACUUUCGUUUUCAUGUGUGGAAUAGUACAUUUUGGAGACCAUGCAUUGGGGAAACUUCUACAUUGUCAAACAUGAAGUUUUGUAUGAAUUAUUUAGGUGUGUGUUUCCUUAUCGAAGAGGAGAUCGACAAAAAAAACAGUCUAUGCUCAGAUUCCUUGAAUUCCACCUGUGAGCAUCUUAGCCCAGAAAUCCUGGAAAUUUUAAAGAAACCUGUAAAUGCGGAGAAAGAAGCAGGUAUUUCAUCUCUUGGAAGUGGCGAUAAGGCGGAGGCUGCAAUACUUACUGAAAAGGCCGAUGUCUGGUCCUUAGGGUAUCUUUUACUGCAACUGCUAUCAGGAAGCUCACUUCUAGGAGACUUAACGGCCUCAGAGGUCCAUGGUGAUGAGCACGGAAAGGGUGCAAAGCAAGAAAUUCUGGAGGAAAAUGUACGUUUGAAGGAGCAGCUACUGAACUGCAUGGCAAAUGUCCCAAGUAUCAGGCCACGAGUAGUUGAUAUAUGGUGGGAACUGAAACAUUUGCUCGAUGAUCAAGCCUUAUGUAUGCCUCCUCAUUUACCAGAAGAUUCUAAGCAAGACAAGCUGGGCGUAGAGAUUGGUGGAUCUGGAAGCUUUUCAGGCAAUCCACCUUCCUAUAAUUGCUGGAUCGAGCCAGAAACAGCUACUGAGGAAAGAGCGAGUGGUUCAGAAGAUCUUCAGACUUCUACAAUAGAGACCAUACCGGAUGCUCCAAGCUUGCCAAGGGCAUUGAUUGAUGUCGAGGAAUGCAACGUGAAAACUCUUCAAGGCCAUCUAGAUGCAGUAUCGUCCUUAUGUAUUUGCGGAAGUUAUGUAAUCAGUGCUUCUUAUGAUAAGACUCUGCGAGUCUGGUCCCUCAGUGAUUAUAAAACGGUCCAGGUUUUUGAAGGUCAUGAGCAGAGGAUCACUGCAAUCGCUGCGCAUGAAGCAUCAGGACUCUGCUUUAGUGGUGACUAUGGGGGCCGCAUCCACGCUUGGAAUAUUGCUUCCAUAGGCAACUCAGCAUCCGUGACUACAUGGCUGGAGCAUCAAGAUUGGCGAUUUUCAGGAGUUGCCUCUCUCGCCAUCUCUAAUGAUGAAUUUCUCUACAGUGGAAGCGGUGAUCGGACAAUCAAGGCAUGGUCUACUGUGGACUUCCAGCAUGUUGCUAUGAUGGAGGGACACAAAGAUGUGGUAUCAACGUUGAUGGUGGAUGGACAAAUGCUGUACAGUGGCAGUUGGGACGGCACAGUGAGAUUGUGGUGGCGUCCAGAUCACAGUCCUCUGGCGAACUUUGGCGGGGCCACCAGCGUUUUUCUUGGUGGGAUUCGUGCACUUGUGAAAUGUCCCACCCCCAAUGGCCUGUUAUUUGCAGGUCAUGAUUCCGGUGUCAUUCAGAUUUGGAACGAAGAAGACUGUGUGGGCAGCUUAAAAGCGCACACAGGGGUAGUCUCGGCACUUGCUUUUGACCAAAGUUGGCUUUAUAGUAUCAGUUGGGAUGGUUUUAUUAAGGCAUGGGCACUUGAAGAUAUAUUGAGUGGUGCUCCGAUUUCAGUUGAGAGGAAAUGCAGUCAGGCAGCUGUUACAGCACUCUGCUGUGGACAAGACAAGCUGUUCGUGGGCGUAAUGCAGAAAAUUCAGGUAUACAGUCGUGAAGUCUUCAUUUAGUAGUGGAAGGGAGCGUUUAUUUGCUGCUACAUGCACACAUGGACAGCCAAUUCUGCAAAUUCAAACUCGUUGACCAGGUGUGUCGUAGUAUCUAUACUUUGACUGCCUGUACAUAGAUUUCAUGUUUUUAGGAACACAACACGCAGUAAGCUAUUCCUCCUGAAAUUUCCGAUGUUAUCUUUGGACUUGUACGUGUUUAACAUUGCUGUAGUGGUUUAUGUGGGUAGAAAAUUGGAACAUAUUGGAGCUUUAAUUGAUGAAUGCGAACUGCCAAACGCAUGUCUGCCAAAGCUGUUCAUUUUCUGUUAUCCUGAAGAUUACUACCAUUUUUAUGUGAAGAUGUGCUUAAAUUUCACAACUGGUUAUGGUGUAGUGAAAGAAAGGUUAGUUUUCUGCUGAUGAUUAAUCUGCAAUGUGCAAGAGCAUGGUCUGCCGAUUGUUAUUUGGUGUAAGAUAUUGGUUUACACACUAGGAACUAAUAUACCCUCAAAUUAGUCUAGUAGGUUAAACUUUUGGAUUUUGAAAUUACAGUUACAAGUAAAGAACAAAUAUGAAUAAAGUCACAACAAGAGAGCGACGUCUAAAAUAUUUUUCCUCGCCACUUUUGUUGUCCCUUAGCUA